AUGGCGAACUAUGAAAUGACAAGCGUAAAUAAUAACCAAUUCCUCAAUGAGGCAUGGUCGAUAGAACAAAAUAUCGACAGAAUUUCUAAUAACAUUACAUCCAUCCGGGAUAUCCAAACAAGAAUAGUUGUAGCUGUUGCUACCGCUCAAGAAUCUGCUCUGGCGCAGGAACGAGACCAGCUUAU